AUGGCGACAACACAGACCGUCACGGUCAAGCAUACAGGCUCCGAGUCUGUUGGCGAACGCCGUGUCUCGAUGAUUCGCCUCGAGACGACCAGUGUUCAAUCUCGUGAAAGCGAACGCCAUGAAAAUGACCAACACGCCACGCAAAUUUCCAAGCUGCGUAGCACGAUUAUCGUGUUUCAAAUGAGCGGCAAUACCAUGCUCUCUAGUAUCAUCAACGGCCUUGUCACCGUUGGACUUCCUACUAUCACAAAGGACCUCAACCUACCUUCCUCGCUGUCUUUCUGGCCAGUUUCCGUAUCGGGACUCGCAACUGCUUCUACUUUAUUGUUGGCGGGAUCAUUGGCCGACGUCGUUGGUCCGCGAUGGGUCGAUCUAGUCGGCACUUUUGCGAGCGGUGCGUUGAUGCUUGGAAUGGGCUUUGCGAAGGAAGGUACUCAGCUGGUUGCGAUGCGUGCCAUCCAGGGUGUCGGUCUUGCACUUCAUCUUGCAUCUGCCGUGGGCAUUGCUACUCAGGUCUUCCCGCAAGGUAAAAGCAGAAAUAUGGCUUUCGCUUGCCUUGGUAUGGCCCAGCCCGUUGGCUUCUGUCUUGGGCUCGUUCUGGGCGGAGUCUUCGUGGACACUGUUGGCUGGCGAGUUGGUUGGUAUAUCGCUGGCAGUGCGGCUUUAUUCCUUUCGUUCAUUGGGCUGUGGGCUCUUCCGGGGAGUCAGCAUCCUCGCAAAUUGGAGAAUAUUCUGCAUGAUUUGAAAUACAAGAUUGAUUGGGUUGGAGCGCUACUUGCGUCUGCGUUCAUGGCGCUGCUUUGCUACUUGCUUGCAAUCCUCAGUUCAAAUGUGUAUCGCAUCAAGGAAACUGCCAGUAUUGUGAUCCUUUGCCUGGCCGCAAUUGCGCUGCCUUCGUUCAUUAUAUGGAUCCAUUAUCAGGUUCGCCGUGGAAGGCCAGCACUCAUUCCCAAUUCCUUCUGGAGAAAUGCAACUUUCUCGAGUAUCUGUGCUACAAUCGCUCUUUCCUUUGCGGUGAUCAACUCCAUGGAGCUCUUCGCAAGUCUAUUUUUCCAAGAAGUCCAGCAACUUUCUGCCCUUCAAGCAUCCAUUCGCAUCCUUCCAAGUCUGGUCGUCGGUGUCCUCGUUCAGGUCACUGCAGGCUUUUUCGUCCACAGAGUACCUGCAAUCUGGAUCGUGGUCCUCACUGCCGUUCUAUGCUCGCUCUCCCCUCUGCUCAUGGCUACAGCUCAGCCAUCUUGGCCUUAUUGGACAAACACCUUCGUGGCUCAGCUCUUGCAACCGGUGAAUUGCAAUGCUCUCUUCACCGUCGGCCUUAUCAUUAUUACGGAUAUCUUCCCAGAGGACACGAAAGCACUGGCAGGUGCUGUGUUUAACACUGCUGCGCAGUUCGGCACUGCUCUUGGAUUUGCAAUUCUGCAAGUCAUUUCUUCAGUUGUUACCGAGAACAAAGAAGUCAGCGAGAAUGAGAUCUCUGCACUGCUGGCGGGGUACCGAGCAAGCUUUUGGACCAUGUUCGCUUUCAUGAUCCUUUGCACAGCGAUUUCAGGACUGGGUCUUCGGAAGACUGGACGAAUUGGAUUGAAGCGAGAUUAA